UUUCUGAAAACUGAAAAGAUAAAUCAAUACUUCUUGUAGGAUUUACCAUGGAAGCAGAAGAAAUCAGUCAAAGGAAUAAGGAAUAAGAUGAAGUAUAAGGAAGAAGAAGCUUUGAAGGCUUCAAAUAGCCUUUUUAUUGUUUUGGCUAUGGUACUUAAAUGUACUUUUGUCUUUCCUUCCUCGUCAUUACACUCUUCUAUCAACUAUUUUGCCAAAAUACCAAACAUUCAGGUGCUUUAUGCUUUUGUAAAUAGCGAUAGCAGCUAACAUCUUGUUCGCUACUCUGCAUUUGUUUUAUCCGUGAGCAGCCAGAAUGAUGUUCAACCCAAGAAUUUUCACAGCCACCGUCUUCUCCGCCAGGUACUCCCCUCGGUGCCUCUGCUCACUAUUUUCUCUAUUUUCACUUUCAACCAUAGGUAUUCCCGAUAAUCAUACAAAACCACCGCACGAGGAACACACUCAGAACGACUAUAACAUAAAUGAAUCCCGUAUCCAAAGUCAGUUGUCUGAGCUUCUUCCAAUUCGUCACAACCCUUCAACUAAAAUUUCCCCUGCAACUAGUUCAUCUGAUGCGCUCAAGCAAUCGGAGAAUGUGGGCCUUGAUUGCUUUUUACAGCCAGAAGAUAAGUUCCGAGGUGUUUUUCUUCAGAAACUUAGGGGAAUAUCUUCAAUUGAGAGGGCACUGGCUUCUGUUGGUGUAGACCCAACCCUAGAUUUGGUAGCCAAAGUAGUGGACAGAGGGAACAUAGGAGGUGAGGCCAUGGUCACAUUUUUCGAUUGGGCGAUCAAACAGAAUUCAGUAGUAAAAGAGGUGAACACUUACAAUAUAGUCCUUAAAGCAUUAGGAAGAAGGAAAUUUUUCACAUAUAUGAUGGCAUUAUUCGAAAGAAUGAUUGGUGAAGGACUCAUUCCCACAUCCGGCACGCUAUCUAUUGUUUUGGAUAGUUUCAUUCGAGCUGGUCAAGUGUCUAAAGCUAUCCAACUGUUUAUCAAAUUAGAGGACUUUGGCUUAAAAUGUGAUACAGAGACACUGAAUGUCCUUUUACAGUCUUUGUGCAGGCGGUCACACGUGGGAUCCGCAAGUUCCUUGCUAGUUAAAAUUAAGGAUAGAGUUCCUUUUGAUGUUAUGACCUAUAAUACAGUCAUUGGUGGGUGGGCUAAAUGUGGCAGAGUUAAUGAAGUUGAAACGACUUUAAAAAAAAUGGUAGAAGAUGGCUUUGAUCCGGAUAACUUGACUUAUGCUUAUGUUCUUGAAGGUUUAGGUAGGGCUGGUCAGAUUCAAAAUGCAGUCAAGAUAUUUGAGGGUCUAGAUGAGAAAGAAGGGUGUAUGCAACAUGUUGAGGUUUACAAUGCACUGAUUUCUAAUUUUAUGACAGCAGGACAGAUUGACGAAGGAUUGAAGUAUUACAGAAAGAUGGGGAGUAAAAAUUGUGAGCCAAACAAUGAGACAUACGUAAGGCUUAUUUCUGCCUUUCUUAGGGCAAGAAGAGUGGCAGAUGCAAUUGAGAUGUUUGAUGAGAUGAUAGGUCGAGGUAUAAUUCCCAAUACUGGAACUAUAACCUCUUUCCUCAAGCCUUUGAGUAGCUACGGCCCACCGCAUGCUGCUUUGGUUAUUUAUAAUAAAGCUAGAGAAGCGGGGUGCGUCAUAUCACUAAGUGCAUAUAAGUUGUUGCUUAUGAGGCUUUCUAGGUUUGGGAAAUGUGGGAUGCUACUAAACAUAUGGAAUGAGAUGCUAGACAGUGGGUAUUCCUCUGAUGUGGAAGUGUAUGAGUAUGUCAUCAAUGGACUUAGCAAUGUGGGGCAGCUGGAGAGUGCCGUGCUUGUGAUGGAGGAAGCAUUGUGUGAGAGGGGGUUUUACCCCAGCAAGCUUAUUUGUAGCAAGUUGAAGAACAAACUUUUGGCGUCAAAUAAAAUGGAGACUGCUUACAAGCUUUCACUGAAGAUAAAAGCUGCACGCUGCAAUGAAAACGCUCAAAGAUACUGGCGUGCUAAAGGGUGGCAUUUUUAGUCUUUAUGUAUGGCACUUGCCUGAUUAGUGCCUAUUUCCUUUUGACGACUCUAUUUCCUAAUUUGUUAGAUUGCUUGUUUAUUUUCAGUGUAUCAUAGGGGUGGUAUCUCCACAUUUAGGCAACCUUUUUGAAACACUGGGCUUGCUUGGUUUGGG